AUGGCACAGGCCCAGCCAUCAAAUCCACAGCCAUUGGAGGUGGACGAUGGACAAGAUCCCUCAGUGCAAGAGUACAUCGACACAACCCUGAUGGCCCUCGUCCACGAACUCACAUUGCCGCCAUCAGAAGCACGUCUCUCGGUCGUGCUCAAACGUCGAGCUAAUCCAACAUCUUGCAUCAUCAACCCCCUAACUGGAGCUCUAGAGGCAAGCCCAAGAUUUGAUGCAAGCAGGACGUACUCUUGGCCCGGGAAGACGGCCUAUGAAGCCUGGAAGUUUACGGUCAUUCUUCGUAUCCUGGCUAUCUUGGAUCAGGCUAUUCGAGCAGGGCAGUUGAUCUCCAAAAGGGAUAUCUACUACAUCGACCCUGAGUUCUUUCGUGCUCAGUACAUAGUCGAUGGCAUCGUUGAUGAUCUGGCAUACACCAUCGGAGUAGAUCGAGCGGCGCUGAACGUGGAAGCAGCAGGAAAAGGCCUCGUCGCGGGUAACUUUCGCUUAAUCCGUGAUUCCCAUGUGGUGAUUGAUGCGCAUUCCGCUUCAGAGGACACUUUGAUCCCGCACAUAGAAGAUGGCGACGAGAUCGACAUCUCGCGGAUUCGAUGGGUGCUAGUAAUUGAAAAAGAGGCAGUCUUUCACCGACUCGCACGCUCCGCAUACUACACUCGAGCAAUAGCGGGAGAAGGGCUCCUAGUCACGGGAAAAGGCUAUCCAGACCUGUCAACGCGGCAGUUCCUGCGCAGACUCUUCAACGUCUCAUCGAGCCAAGACAGACCUCUCCGCUUCUACGCUCUCACGGACGGCGACCCUCACGGGAUGGCCAUCAUGUCGACAUACAAGUACGGCUCGGCAGCGCACUUGCACGAGAAUGCUCGGUUGAGUAUCCCGCGGCUGCAAUGGCUCGGCCUGCGCGUAUCGGAUAUAAUCGCUGUUCCGGAGGUUCUUGGCGACAAGGCUCUUCUCCCGUUGGCCAUGCGAGACCGCAAGAAGAUCACGGCCAUGUUGCGAAAUAGUCCCGUAUGGGCGAGUGAUGGCCCCGAGCCGGAGUGGCGCGCAGAAUUGCAGCGGAUGAUGAUGUUGAAUUUGAAAGCGGAGAUUGAGGUCUUGUAUGAGUGUGUUGGUGGGUUGGAGGGGUGGAUUGAGCGCAAGAUGUUUCGGCAGGAGUGA